AUGUUUCUACUAAGCAGUGUUUUUUUUUUUUUUUUUUUAUCCAUUCUUUCUUUAUUUAUUUCUUUCUUUGUCUUUUCAUUUCUUUCUUUCUUUGUCUCUAACUUUUUUUUCUUUCUUUGUCUUUUUCUUUAUUUAUUUAUUUCAUUCUCUCUUUCUAUUUUUUUCUUUUUUUCUUUCUCUCUUUCUUUCUUUCUUUCUUUCUUUCUUUCUUUCUUUGUGUUUUCCUUUUUAUUUAUUUCUUUUUUCUUUUCCUUUCUUUCUUUUUUCUUUUCCUUUCUUUCUUACUUACUUAUUUUCUUUCUUUCUUUCUUUCUUUCUUUCUUUCUUUGCUUCUUUGUUUGUUUCUUUCUUUUUUCUUUCUUUUUUUCAUUUCUUUUUUUAUGUCUUUUCCUUUUUCUUUCUUUGUUUCUUUCUUUGUAUUUUUCUUUCUUUCUUUGCUUCUUUGUUUGUUUGUUUCUUUUUUUCUUUCUUUUUUCAUUUCCUUGUUUUUCUGUCUUUUCCUUUUUCUUUCUUUGUUUCUUUUCCAUUUUUCCUUUUAUUUUUACAGCUUUUUCCUUUCCUUCUUUCUUUCCUUCUUUCCUUCCUUCUUUCCGUUUUCUUUUCUCCCCUAUUGCACCCCACCCCUUUUCUCUCUUUUUCACUCACACAAGUAACCCCUCUCUCUCUCUCUCUCUCUCUCUCUCUCUCUCUCUCUCUCUCUCUCUUACCCUCUCUUUUCUUCCAUUACCAUUUUCCCUCUUUUUUUCAGUGGUGGUAGGGAGCUACUUUUCUACUUCCUUUUUUUCUCCUAUUUCUUCAUUUUCCAGUUCCUUCCACAGUUCUUUUGAUAUCUUUCCUAACUCUGAGUCUAAAGGCUUUUGGAAUAAUCAAAGCUCUCUACAGAAGUCCAAUCGAUUAUUGGACAAUUUUGAUGCUAGCAGAAAAGAGAAAAGCGAUAGGAAUGCUGGCUUCCAUAUUUCUCCUAAACUCUCUCAAUGUAAUGAAGGCUGUAAUAAAAACAAAGCAAUUCUAACCACGAUAUUGGCGAUCCUAACAUUAACUGAAGUCUUCUGUUAA